AUGACCGCCAUCACUAAUUCAUGUCAGUUCCAUGGUCGUGACGACGAGGAUGCACCCGCUCAUAUCAAUCGCAUCACUCACCUUUGCAGCACCUUCUCCAUCGAGGGGGUGAACCUCAAUGCUCGAUACCUUCAGGUCUUUCCAUUCUCACUCGCUGGACGCGCAGCCGUCUGGUUCGAUUCUCAGCCCGCAGGCACUUUUACUACUUGGGCAGGCCUUCGUGAUGCUUUCUUAGCCAAGUACUUUCCCCCAGCCAAGGCGUCUCGCCUUCGUGACCAGAUUCACUCCUUCCACAUGGAGCCAGAUGAGCCGUACCACUUAGCUUGGGAGCGUUUUCAGACAUUGAUCUCCCGUUGUUCUCAGCAUGGUCUGUCCGACUGGGCGUUAGUUGAAAAAUUCUACAAUGGUCUUACUCCUGAGAUUAGAGCUCGUUUCGAUACUUCAGCUGGAGGGCAGCUUAUGGGUAAAAAGACAGUGAAUGAGUGUAACGAUUUGUUUGAGAGUUUCGCCCACUCUGAUAUGGACUACGGCACUAUCAGCAGGACUUCCAUUCCUGUGCGUACCUCCUCGGCCGGUCGAGGGGUAAACCAAGUUAGCUUGGAUCCAUCGGUAGCUGCUGUAGUCGAGAGUUUGAGGCAAGAGAUGAGACAAGGGUUGGAAGAGAUCAAGAAGAAAGUUGAUAGGUGUGAGGUAUGUAGAGGGGGUCAUGAUACGAUAGAUUGUCCUACCCUUACUCUUGAGCAGGUAGAGUACAUAGCCGGUCAGUCUAGGGGUCCUACGAAUCCAUUCAAUAAUUCCAAUUACAACUCCAACUGGCGCGGUAGUGCUAAUACUAGUGGUUAUCGUUCGUCUGGAAAUCCUCCUGGAUUUCCAUCUGGUUUGUAUCAGAGCAGAGGGCCUGGGAUAUACACGAGUACUGGUUCGGGUCAGAGUGGUCAGUUUAGUGGCUCAGGAGGUUAG